UCUAAGAUAUUACUCACAUCUUCAGCAAAUUCAAGCUUUUUAUACAUUCCCAUUCCACCCAAUGAUGACUGCAGUGCCCAACAUGGAAGUGCUGACUGAACAGCCAACCCUAGAGGGCGUUCCAGAGCCAAACGUGGCUCAGGAACCUCCUAAAGCAGUUGCAAAAGGAGGAAGGAAAAGAAAAACCAAAGCAGCUGAGCCAAAGCAACCCAAAAAACCUGCUGCUAAAAAAGAAAAAGCAACCAAAUCAAAAGGCAAACAAGAAAAGAUCACAGAUACUUUUAAAGUCAAAAGGAAAGUGGACCGUUUUAAUGGUGUAUCUGAAGCGGAGCUUCUUACCAAGACUUUACCUGAUAUUUUGACCUUUGAUCUGGACAUUGUAAUAAUUGGCAUAAACCCUGGCUUGAUGGCAGCUUACAAAGGACAUCAUUAUCCUGGACCUGGAAACCAUUUUUGGAAGUGUCUCUUCAUGUCUGGUCUAAGUAAUGAACAGCUGAACCAUAUGGAUGACCAUACUUUACCACAUAAAUAUGGGAUUGGAUUUACAAACAUGGUAGAAAGGACAACACCUGGAAGCAAAGACCUCUCCAGCAAAGAGUUUCGGGAAGGAGGGCGAAUUCUGGUGCAGAAAUUGCAAAAGUAUAAACCUCGUAUAGCAGCUUUUAAUGGAAAAUGUAUUUAUGAAAUUUUCAGUAAAGAAGUUUUUGGAAUAAAAAUUAAGAAAUUGGAAUUUGGAUUGCAGCCACACAAGGUGCCAGAUACAGAAACUCUCUGCUAUGUUAUGCCGUCAUCCAGUGCAAGAUGUGCUCAGUUUCCUCGUGCUCAAGAUAAAGUUCAUUAUUACAUAAAGCUGAAAGACUUAAGGGAUCAAUUGAAAGGCAUUGCACCAAACACAGAGGUGCAGGAGGUGCAGUACACAUUUGACUUGCAGCUUGCACAAGAGGAUGCUAAAAAGAUGGCUGUCAAAGAAGAAAAAUAUGAUCCAGGCUAUGAAGCAGCAUAUGGAGGAGCUUACUGCGAUCGUGCAAUAUAUGAAAAUGAACAGUGCAAUUUCUCUUCAAAUGGAACUGCAGCAAGCAAUCCACAGUACUGUGAGGGGUCAUCCUUUGGUGAAGUUCCCAAUGGACAGUGGAUGACACAGUCGUUUGCAGACCAGAUUCCAGAAUUCAGUGCUGGAAUGACACAGGAACAAGAAGGAAGCAGUGCCUAAUUGCUGUUUCUUCUUGGCUAUGCAUACAUGCUGCAGUUUUAAUGCAGUGAUCAAGAUUGGUACCUUGAUUCUCCAAACUGAAGCAUUUUAAUAGUAUUUUAUCUCCCCUAGUUAUUUUAUUAUAGUCAAAACUAAAUGUGUGUGGUAGGCUUAAAUCAAUGAAUUAGAUAAUUUUAAGAAAGUGUCCAACCUUUUUUAAAAAAAAAAUAGCUUUUUUUUUUUUGUAUAUGAGUUUUAUAUUUAAUGUAUGUCCUUUCUUGCGGUUCUUUACAAACUGUUUUCUCAUUUGUGAAGAUUCCCUUGGGGCGAUAAUUUUAUUCUGUAACUUGUAAUGUAGUAGUACCAGCGGUGGUUACACUUUUUACUGAUGCAUCGUAUAUUUGGAUAUCUCAUAAUCCUUUUAUAUCCAGAGAGGGGAGAAGGGGAAGAAUACCUUGGUCUUGCAUGAAGUGAUGUUUUUAAUCAUGCAGACUUAAGCAGUGUUUUUAAGUCUGCCUGUUGUUACCUUCUUAAAUAAUGCAGAAGGUUGUGUCCUGCAG